AAACACUCGACUCCAUGUUGGAAAGAGAAUACCGAAAGCAGAAGAAUUUGUAGAGGGAUUGGCGAAACAUUGCUUUUUAUCUAAUUUAUAUAUUCCUCAUUCGUUACAGGUGUUUAAAACGAAGCACUUGAGGACUGGAGGUCAUUUAUUCCACCCAUACUGAUUUCGCUGUCAUUAACGUUAGCUGUGAAGCUAGCUAGUUAGAGGGUCAGUGAGGUGUUUGGAUCAACGCUGAUGAAGUUAAGUUUACCAUUAUUUUUCUUAAAACGUCUAAAUAAUCUCAAGAGGAUUCAUAUAAAGAUUUCAAUGCUAUUUACGAGGGAGAAUUGUUCGCUUCUGCGUUUUCCAUUCACGAGCUAGCAAGUAAAAUAGUCUAAACAAACCAGCUUGUUAGCUGGGUGGCUAUCUGCCUAACUUAUCAUUACUGGGUUAACGUUAGCAAGCUUUGCGUGUAAAGCUAGCUAGAAAGGCUAGCAUUCUCUGCAGAUCUCGCUGUUCAAUUCAUAUUGCCAGCAGCUCAACUGUCAACCUGCGUCUAACAGAAGAGGAGUACAGAGCUGUCUGAAAGGAAUAAUCUCCUGUUUCCAUGGACAACACGUCCAUAAUAACACAGGUUACCAACCCAAAGGAGGAGGAGAUACUAUCUUCAAAUCAAGAAAAAGUUUCGCUGUCAAACUGCAGUCUGAAGAAGAAGAGGAGUCGGAGCAUCUUCAGCUCGCUCUUCUGCUGUUUCAGGAGCUACCAUGUGGAACCACCUGCCACCAACAAUAACACCAGCACCCUGCCUCCACCUGUGGAGGAAAACGGAGCUCCUCCCAAGUGUGACCAGGUUGAGGUCAUCCUUCCCCCUAGUCCUCCAACGAAAUACCUCCUCCCCGAGAUGAAAAUAUCUGACUACGGCAAGAAGUGCGUGGUAAUAGACUUGGAUGAGACACUGGUGCACAGUUCCUUUAAGCCAAUCAGCAAUGCGGAUUUCAUCGUCCCAGUGGAGAUAGAUGGCACAGUUCAUCAGGUGUAUGUGCUGAAGAGACCUCACGUAGACGAGUUCCUGCAGAGAAUGGGUGAAUUGUUUGAAUGUGUGCUCUUCACAGCCAGUCUAGCCAAGUAUGCUGACCCUGUGGCCGAUCUGCUAGACCAGUGGGGUGUGUUUCGGGCACGUCUCUUUCGGGAGUCCUGUGUGUUCCAUAGAGGGAACUACGUCAAAGACCUUAGCCGACUUGGAAGAGAACUCAGCAAUGUGAUCAUAGUGGACAACUCGCCUGCCUCUUAUAUCUUUCACCCUGAAAAUGCUGUCCCAGUGCAGUCAUGGUUUGAUGACAUGUCUGACACUGAACUGCUGGACCUCCUGCCUUUCUUUGAGGGACUAAGCAAAGAAGAGGAUGUGUAUAGUGUGCUGCAGAACCUGAGGGGGAGGUAGUAAGUUAUCUUCCUCCUCAAGUCCACCCCAACGGGGCCCUGCCUGAAAGGGUCAUAACGGAGAACAGAGAGGAGCAUCCCUGCUCCUAGCUCCAAUUUCAAGACUGCUCCUCCCACUACUCCAACUAUCAGUCCAGACAGAGGCAGAGAUUAUCUUCUUGUUGAGUGCACACGCAAAACCAAAAACAACUUUUAUUCCCUUCGGAAAACAGAGAAAUCCCAAGUUACAUCCAGUUUUUGAGUUGUUACUAUGCAGGUGAUCUCAGUGUCCUGUUUGUUGAAAGGACCUUGAGUUUUCCUCAAUUAUCCAACCAAGUGCCUUUUUUGAAUGUCAUUUUUAUGAGGAAAAAAAAAACAUGUUUUUGUACAUGGCAUAUUUCCAGAAAACUUAAAUAUUUUAUUGAAUUAUAUGCUUUAAAAUGGAGGCAGGUUAGAAUCUUACAAAAGCACUGUUACUGAAGCCAGAGAUUUUGAACUAUUGUGGAAAGCUGGACUCAUGUCUUUGUCUUUGCUCUAGAUAUUUUUGAUUUGCCAUAGCUUGUGCCAUCAGACAGAACACUGAUUUCUGUUCUUGAUUAUACGUUGAUUUGUUUGUGUUUCUUAUGAUUUGUCUUUUAAGAGCAAAGGAAUGCAUUUGCACUUGCAAAGUUAUUCAUUCACUAUACCAAGUCUCGAAAUUG